AAAGACGUGAAUCUGCUGUCUUCCCCAGAUAUCCAAUCCAUCACAUCAUAACAACCAUCCAACAGUAAACAAGUGCGAGCUCUGAUCAGUUCCUGCAUAUCCAGCCCUACCGAAAAGUUUGUCAACUCUAACUCGACGACGUGGUGAAGAUCGCAAACAUGAGCCAUACACCAUUACCCGGCGGGCUUAUCUCAUUCGGCUCCGAUGCCAACUGUACACUCGAAUUAUGUCCCCUCGAGUCGAGUAUACUACGAUACCAACCAAACGUUCCCGCUAAUGCCAUCUUCAUUGGAGUGUUCGGAUUGUCUAUGGCUCUUCAUAUCUUCCAAGGUAUCAAGAUGAAGACAUGGGGCUUCAUGGCGAGUAUGAUGGCAGGAUGUAUUCUCGAGAUUAUCGGUUACGUCGGACGACUUAUCAUCCACGAUAAUCCAUUUGACUUUAUUGGCUUUCUAUUGCAGAUCAUCAUGAUCACCAUUGCCCCCGUUUUCUUCUCUGCUGCCAUCUAUGUUCUUCUGUCCCAGGUCAUCAACUUCGUCGAUCCAAAUGUCUCUCGAUUCUCUCCCAAGUAUUUCUACUGGAUCUUCAUCCCUUCCGACAUUAUCUCCCUCAUCCUCCAAGCCGUCGGCGGUGCAGUCUCAGUCGUUUCCACAGCGAAAGACGACGUCAAGACUGGAGAGGACAUCUCCAUCGCUGGUCUUGUCUUCCAAGUCGUCACUCUAUUUUGUUUCGUUGGAUUGUUCAUCGACUACGUUAUCAGGGCUUCCAAGUCACCGGCCCGAUAUCGCCUUACCAAACCCAUUCUCACCUUCCUCUUUUUCCUUUUCCUUUCGACUAUCUUCAUCUUGAUUCGAUGUGGCUAUCGAAUUGCUGAGCUCAAUGGAGGAUACUUUAGUGCUAUCUUUCGAGACGAAGGUCUCUACAUCGCUCUUGAAUCUUGCAUGAUGUGCAUUGCUGUUCUUCUUCUGAACGCUGGCCACCCCGGAUAUGCUUUCAAGGAAACCCCCGAGUUUACCAAGGAAAUGGACCAGAUGGACCAAGACGACACUACCGUCUUUGGAGACUAAGUCUCAUCUUCUUCAGAACUUGUAAGAUGGAAAGUAAGAUGGAAAACAUGCUCGCCAGGACAAUGAGGUCCAGAAAGAAACUCCCCAACCAACUGGGGCGAGCUC